AUGUCAAAACGUGAAUCAACAACAACUGAAAAUAUAACUAAUGAAGAUCAUCAUGAUAUUGAUGAUGAUGAUGAUCAAUUAAAUGUAGAACAUAAAAUAGUUCCAACUAUUUAUAACACAACCGAAACAGAACCACACAAAAAAGAUGUUCCAUUAACACAAGAAUCUUCAACAACACAGAUAAUUGAAUCUAAUGAUCUUAAUGUUGAUAUUGAAUAUUUAAUUAAAAAGGAACCAGAAAAAUAUAUCUAUACACCAAUUCCAAAAGAUUAUUUAAGUCUUGUUCAUUGUACUGUAAAAUGUAACAAAGAAGGUCUUAUAUCAAAAACAUUUUCUUUAUAUUUUGAUGGACAAAAUGAAAAUGAUCGAACUUUUCUUUUAACUGCACGAAAACAUCUAAGAAUUGAUGGACAUUCAGAAUAUUUUAUUGGAAAUGAUGAGAAAUCAUUAAAAAAUCUCAAUGAUGAAAAUUCAAUUGCAAAAUUAAAAGGUAUUAAUCUAACUGGUACUGAAUAUGUUUUUUAUAAUCAAAAUAAUCAACAAUCAGUUGCUAUUAUUUAUAAUACUCAUAUAUUUGGAUCGAAAGAACCAAGAAACAUAACAGUUUUAUUGUAUAAUGUUGAAAAACCUAUUCAUCCAUUAAAGGAAAAUGAAACGAUUAUUGGAGAAUGGCGAGCUGGACAUGCAACUGAUUUGAUUGAGAUAAAAAAUAAAACACCAGUAUAUAAUAAAGAAAGUAAAGUAUAUAGUCUUAAAUUACUUGAAAAUCGUGUAAAACAACCAUCACAUAAAAAUUUUCAAUUAUUGAUUACAAAUGGAGAUCGUGAAGAAGAUAUUAUUAUGCAAUUUGGUCGUAUUGAUGACAAUAAUUUUGCUCUUGAUUAUCGAUAUCCUCUUACAGCUAUGCAAGCAUUUGCCAUUGCAUUAAGUUCUUUUCAUAAUCGAUUUCGUACUUGA